AAAACAUUCCAGUUCCGAGGUGAUUUCCGAGAUCUGAUAGGUGGACCUUUCUCUCUAAUCUGCGCACACGACUGUAUGAUUUGAACGGACAAUCGUUUUCGUGUGCUGGCGCAGGAAGCUUGGCUGAAUCUGUGUCCCACACCCACACGAGGCCAGCCACCAGCAGCCAGACGAGCCAGACGGUGGAGACCUCCCCUCCAUUGCCAAAAAGGCAAAAAGAAGAAGCGGGAAGCGGUCGCGAGGACGACGAAGAGCGAGGGAAGGGGGAAGGACGAAGAAAGAAGUAGUGGUGGUGGUGGUUACGUUCAUCGCUGUGAUCCGUGAUCGCAGAUCGCAGUUCGCAGUUACAUUCUCGCCUUCUUGUUUUGUUCGCCAUGACGUUCGGAAUCGUAGUGUGUUGAAUGAAUUAAUUCGAAACAAUAAUACAUAUAUACAUAUAUGUAUAUUUAAAUUAUAUAUACUGGAAAAAUAUAAAAUAUAUUAUACUUGAAGGAAGAGAGAAGGAUUUAUAAAUAUAUAUCGAUUCCGAUGUUGGUCGUAGUACAGUGCAAAUGUAGUUUUCAUGCUCUUGACGAUAGAAGAAACUGGAGAGGCUAUUCGUGGAUACCGAAGAAAGCUUCAAACGUGUUUGAAGCUUUCGAGGUCGGAUUCAUGGAACUAUGAACCUGGACUCGUUGUCUUUUACUUUGUCACAAAUCAGUUAUUUGAUUGAGAAUUUGAAUAAGAAAAAUUUACGUCCUACUUCCGAGGAAAUAUCUGUGUUAGUGCAGUGGAAGGGUCUGGAGGCGGACAGACACUUGCUGCGCUGUUUGUUCUCGUACAUCGACUUUUCUACAGGCGAACCACCUGAGAUCAACGCCAAAGAUUACUAUCAAAUUCAACUUUUGAAAAAAGAAUACAUCAAUCUACUCGGGAAGCCAUCGCUUAUCUCAAAUCUUUGUUACGCCAUUGACCAUUCUCUACAUCGUCAGAAGACCUUGAAUCCAUCACCCAAAUUAUUUCUUAAUUUUCGACGUGUCCUCGGUUUGACUCUGGUGCAAGAAGUUGUCUUGGCUAUUGCUCUGUUACAUUCAGAAAAUUCAGACACAAGAUCACUAGCGGCAGAGGAUAUACAAAAACAAUUACCAAUAUUAAUUAAAAAUUAUACCAACUCGGAGAACAGCAAUAAACAGCAGCAAGAGGAGGGAUUACACGAUUCGUCACCUGAAAUAUUGCAUCUAGUGCUUUACGAGACUCUCCGAGAACCUAAUAAUUUUGGCCUCACCAACGAGGCGAAAGAAAAAUUUCUCAAGAAUUUGAGGCGUGAUUUUCCCCGUGAACUGGUACCGGUGGUGCUCGCACCACUUUUGUAUCCAGGCGACGGGGAAUUUCAAAAAUCCACAAUCGAGCUCAAUAUGGCGACGAUGGACAGUAAUUCCUUGGUAGAGCUCAUAAUGGAGCUGGGCUAUGGGUUCACCGGAAGUGUCGAAGAGUGCCGUUCAGCACUGGCCGGACUCGGUGCUUGUGAAAUAUCGCCUGUAUGUGCCGCGCGCGUACUCUCUCAUAUGGCACGAACGUGCACCGGCCUCGAAGAUUCCGGGCGCUUGCAGUCUUUCUGGGCGAAUUCUUCCGGGAACGCGGAUACGAACAAAGACAAAUCAUUAGACAGCGGGACAGCCACCACUUGGAACGUUGAAGUUUUUGUACAAACCCUAAAAGAAACGCAAUCGACCUUAUUGUGGAAUGAAGUAAUCGUCAAACUGGACCACGCGGAAUUUAUCGUCAAAGAUCGACAAGGUUUGAACCUCCUGAUAACGGGUUUGAAACUGGGUUUGCAACACCAGGGUUAUCCGUUGGACGUAUUUCCGGUUGAAUUGUUCUAUCGUCAUUGGGAAAACGUGGAGGGUCAAUUUUCUCUGGUCCAGCAGAUAUUGAAGAAUCCUGACAUAUUUUGUUUCGCGGAUCAUCCAUAUCAUUCGGUAACGGUGGACGUGUUGAAGUCGGCACCCGAGAGUGACAGCAAAGAGGCACAAACGUGGCGUUCUUUGAACGUCGUUGAACUUCUAUUACACAUGGCUGAGCGGGGCUUAUAUGGGGCGGUCCAAGAAAUUUUCAAAUGGCCCAGUCAACAUUGUCCGGACGUCUUGGUUCUCGCGCUUUUACAAAUUAAUCCGCCGAUCACAAUUUUACGACAAGAAUUAUUGAGCACUCUUAUGCCGAUAUUUCUUGGCAAUCAUCCAAAUUCCGCGGUUAUUUUACAUCAUGCUUGGCACGCCAACAACCUCAAAAUCAAAACCGUUAUUAUGCACGCUAUGGCCGAAUGGUAUCUUCGCGGUGAUCACGAUCAAACUCGAUUGUCUCGAAUUCUCGACGUUGCCCAAGAUCUCAAAGCUCUAUCGGCCCUCCUCAACGCUCAGUCAUUCCCCUUCGUUAUCGAUCUCGCCUGUCUUGCUUCCCGACGCGAAUAUCUCAAGCUCGAGAAAUGGCUCACCGACAAAAUUCGCGAUCACGGUGAAGUGUUCGUCACUGCCUGCGUCAAGUUUCUGCAAAGAAGAUGUCCACAGGUCAUGGGUACCGGAAUCAAAGAAGAUCCUACCAUACCCAAAGCCAGUCAACUUCCUCAAGAGACUCUUACAACUAUUUUGGCUUGCCUUCAAGUUUGUGCCGGAAGCGUGUCGCCCGAAUGCUCCGAAGCGAUCAUGACGAUGGUACAAAACUGCAGUUUAAUGCUUAGCAAAGGAGCGAUGAGCCGACAACCGCCUCCAGGUGUUUUGAGACACCCAGGAUUAGAUCCGUUCAAUCCAUCUAAGCUUGCCGGGCCGCUGUUCUCGGGAAAAGCGGUAGACACUCUUGGAAAUCUGAGCACGAGUCUAGCGUCAAUGGGGCUGGGUUCGAGUCUGGGUCCGCCAAGCAGUUCGGCAUUUAAUUUACCUGGGGCAUUGGGUCCUCUCGUAUCGGCGCCAGGAUCGCCCUCUCGUCUGAUGGGACCGUCUCCAAGUCCGUUUCCGAUGUUACCAUUGUCGUCGCAACUACAUUCGGGUCCAGUGGGAAGUCAGGGGCCGGCUGUGAUACCGGGAGGUGGAGCGAUUGGCGGACUCGGGCGCUUGGGCCCGCCGAGCGGUAUCGAGAAGACUCGUUUACCCGAAACCUCCAAUCUCUUUCCGGAUAUGGGGCAGAACGUUUCGAAAGAGAUCGAGGAUGAGGCGAACGGUUAUUUCCAACGAAUUUACAAUCAUCCACCACACCCGACGCUCUCAAUCGACGAAGUUCUGGAUAUGCUGAAAAAAUUUCAAGAAUCCGGCACGAAGCGCGAGCACGAGGUCUUCAAUUGUAUGCUAAGAAAUUUGUUCGAGGAGUACCGAUUUUUCCCUCAAUAUCCGGAUAAAGAAUUGCACAUCACGGCGCAAUUGUUCGGUGGUAUAAUUGAGCGUAGUCUCGUUAACAGUUACAUGACUCUUGGUCUUGCCCUGCGAUUCGUCUUGGACGCCCUGAGGAAACCCGAGGGCAGUAAGAUGUAUUAUUUUGGUAUAGCGGCUCUCGAUCGUUUUAAAAGUCGCUUGAAGGAGUAUCAAACGUACUGCGAGCACGUUCGAGCUAUACAACACUUUAGUGAGUUUCCGCCUCAUCUUAUAGAAUACAUAGAGUACGGAUUGCAAGCUCAAGAGCCACCUACGAGACCUCAGGGUGCUGUUUUACCCAAGAGCCUUGCCUCGAUGCUCGUGCCUCCUACGACACCCUUCAAAACGAUUACAACGACAACGAUAACGACGAGCACGACACAGUCGAAACCUUCGACGACACCGACGACUUCCCUCUCGGCGAGGCCGUCGAUUGCGAAUGCUACCAACAUCGAUACGCUCCUCGUAGCGACUGACAAGGAGGAGAAAAUUACGAGCCCGCCGGAAGCUUUACAGGACAAAACGGCUUUUAUAUUUAACAACUUGAGUCAAUUGAAUCUUCAACAAAAGUGCGAUGAGAUACGUGAGAUUGUAACCGAAGAAUUUUGGCCGUGGAUGGCGCAAUAUCUCGUGAUGAAACGCGCCAGCAUAGAGCUCAAUUUUCACGCGCUGUACUCCAAUUUUCUCGAUUGUCUCAAAGUACCGGACGUCAACAAAAUGGUUACCCGAGAGACAUUUCGCAACAUCAAAGUUUUGCUCCGUAGUGACAAGGGUAUUGCUAAUUUCUCGGACCGUUCGUUGCUCAAGAAUCUUGGACAUUGGUUGGGAAUGUUGACACUUGGAAGAAACAAACCUAUAUUACGCAUUGACAUCGACCUCAAGAGUCUCCUCGUCGAGGCGUACCACAAGGGACAACAAGAGUUACUUUACGUAGUCCCGUUCGUUGCCAAAGUUCUCGAAUCGUGCGCCAAGAGCCGGGUUUUCCGUCCCCCCAAUCCGUGGACAAUGGCGAUAAUGAAUGUUCUCGCAGAGUUGCAUCAAGAGCCAGAUCUCAAGCUCAAUCUCAAAUUCGAGAUCGAGGUCUUGUGUAAAAAUUUGAGCAUCGAUGUUGCCGAGCUCAAGCCCGUUGUUUAUCUCAAGGAUCCGGAAAAAUUACGUACCCUUGAAUACCAACUGUCGCAUCCGAAUAAGAAAACCGAGGGCGCAGGCGUUCCUCAGCAGCAACAGCAACAGCAAGCGCAACAACAACAGCAGCAACAAGCCCAACAACAGGCUCGUGAAGCCGUACAACAGCAACAACAACAGCAAGCACAGCAGCAACAACAACAGCAACAGGCACAACAACAACAACAGGCACAACAGCAACAACAGGCACAACAACAGCAACAGGCACAACAACAACAACAACAACAACAGCAGCAGCAACAACAGCAGCAGCAACAGCAGCAGCAGCAACAACAACAACAACAACAACAACAACCCGCCCAAGAGCCGAUCGAAGAUCUCGUGGGACCGACGACAACGAGUUCCAUGGUGUCGAAGACAGCACCACCUGCCGCCAAUACAACACCAUCGCUGCCGACCGGACCACCGGAGCCACGAUUCAAUUACAUGGACAUAUCGGUGACCGGGGUCGCAAACAUAUCGCAACACAUAACCAUCAACAACAGUCUGCCGCUUUUCCAAACGCAUCCUCACUUGAAACAAUUUAUACGCCCUGCAGUAGAGCGGGCGAUUCAAGAAUGGAUACAUCCGGUGGUCGAUCGUUCGAUAAAAAUAGCUCUGACGACCAGCGAACAAAUAGUCCGGAAGGACUUUGCUCUUGACCCGGAAGAGGUGAGAAUGCGUACAGCGGCGCGUCACAUGGUCAGAAAUUUGACUGCAGGAAUGGCAAUGAUAACGUGUCGCGAUCAAAUUCUCGCGUCGAUAAGCUCGAAUCUUAAGCAAGCGUUCCUCGGAGCCAUGAUGGGUUCGACCCCACAGCAGAAAGAGCUCGCGGAACAAGCGGCAAACGUAGUUUCCGCGGAUAACAUGGAGCUCGCUUGCGCCUUCGUGCAAAAGACCGCGAUCGAGAAGGCUAUACCGGAAAUGGAUAAGAGACUUUUGAACGAGAUAGAGCUUCGAAAGAUAGCGCGACAAGAGGGCAGACGUUAUUGCGAUCCUCUUGCCAAAUAUCAAGCUGAACGCAUGCCCGAACAAAUAAGACUCAAAGUCGGCGGUGUGACCCCACUGCAGAUGGCCGUUUACGAAGAAUUCGCCCGGAACAUACCAGGAUUUUUGCCGCUUUCUGAACGCGACACCGAGCCGUACUUCAUACGUAAACCGAUAAGCGAACCCGCGAGCGUUACCACCUUCACCGGCAAUCCCGCUGCUGUUGCUGUUCCAAGAGCUCAACACGUUGCCGCAGCUGCUGCUUAUGCUGUAGCCGUCAGCAACGACGAGGUUGGUACGAUGUUGGAAAAACUUGCUGGCGAAGUCGAAGUUCUUCUCAGUGCUAUGGGACCAGCCGCUCCACCCCCUCAGCACGCAGCUCUUCACAGUCUUCUCGAAUCUAUCAUACUGACAAGAAGAUCCCGAGACGCUGGAGCCGCGAUGACGCUCCUUAAAAAAGCGGUCGAGGGCCUCCUCGAGGGUCCCACUAUUUCUAGCGGCGUUGUCGAUUCAGAAAUAAUUGUCCACUAUCGUGAACUCUAUCUAAGAAUCCUCAAAUGUCUCCAAGAUCCACGCGCUUACGGCAUGCAAUGGACGAACAAACACGUGACUCGUUGUCUCUCCGAAUGCCGGGACGAAUUUCGUUACAAUUUUGAAGCAGUCGAUUGUCUCAUUAGAUCCCAUCUUCUCAGCUUCAUACAAUUCGAUCUGACUCUCGCUCAGGCCAUGGAUGCUGGGAAUGCAAUGGCCACUGCCUUUGCUACUCAACUCGUACAACUGUAUCUGAUCGAUGAACGACAAACCACCCACGUCACCGAAUCCGAUCUUUUUCACACGAUCGAGAUAUUGGCAAGAAUGGCCCAUCACAGAGCACCACCCGAAGGAAUUUCCCUCUUUAGACUGACCAGUCUCAUAGAGUCGCUACGGGCUCAUCACGAUCCAGCCAUGCUCGCCGACAGAGCACCCGCUGGACCAACCGCUCAUAUCCAUUCCGGAAUACUUCAAGUUCGAGCACGUGACUUCGACGAUCCCCCGGGUCUGAUGGAGAAGACGGAAUAUCUUUUGCGCGAGUGGGUAACGAUGCACCACAGUCCGACGCACGCGCGUGAUCCAACCAAGGCUUUUGGGAUGUUCGUGCAUCAAAUGAACAUUCACGGAAUAUUGAAGACGGACGAUUUAAUAACGCGCUUCUUCAAACUCAGUACGCAAAUGUGCGUGGACCUUUGUUACAGGGCACUGGCCGAGGCGAACGCGGCACCCUCGGUCGUCCGCGCCAAGUGUUUUCAUACCCUGGACGCUUUUGUACGGCUAGUCGCGUUGCUGGUUAAACACUCGGGCGACACUUCGAACACGCAUACGAAAAUAAAUCUGUUGAACAAAGUAUUGGGGAUAGUUGCAGGCGUGCUGCUACAGGAUCACGAGAUGCGAGGUACGGAGUUUCAACAACUGCCCUAUCACAGAAUCUUCAUAAUGUUGUUCUUGGAAUUGUGCGCUCCGGAGCCGGUCCUCGAGGCGGUUAAUUACCAAGUACUGACGGCUUUCUGUCACACGCUUCACAUUCUGCGACCCGCAAAAGCAUCAGGAUUCUGUUACGCCUGGCUCGAGCUUGUCUCGCAUCGGGUAUUCAUUGGCCGCAUGCUCGCGAUAACGCCUCAACAAAAAUGCUGGGGAAUGUACGCUCAGCUGCUCAUCGAUUUGUUUAAAUAUCUCGCCCCUUAUUUGCGCAAUGCUGAGCUUGCCAAACCUGUGACUCUUCUCUACAAAGGCACGCUCCGAGUAUUACUCGUCCUUUUGCACGAUUUUCCGGAAUUUCUUUGCGACUAUCAUUACGGAUUUUGCGACGUUAUCCCACCAAAUUGUAUACAAAUGAGGAACUUGAUACUGAGCGCCUUCCCCAGAGCGAUGAGACUUCCGGAUCCUUUCACGCCGAAUCUUAAAGUCGACAUGCUUCAAGAGAUCACUCACGCACCCCGAGUUCUCACUAAUUUUGCCUCAAUGAUACAACCUAUCAGCUUCAAGAAAGAGCUCGAUCUCUACCUAAAGGCACGAGCACCCGUUACUUUCCUCUCGGAGCUCAGGAGCAAUCUCCAAGUCUCUCAAGAAGCUGGAAUGCGUUAUAAUAUUCCCUUGAUGAAUGCUCUCGUCCUGUAUGUCGGUACGCAAGCUAUUGCCUUCAUAAGAAGCAAAGGACACACUCCCAACAUGUCAACCAUCGCUCAUUCCGCUCAUAUGGACAUCUUCCAAAAUCUCGCCGUUGAUCUCGACACUGAAGGCCGUUACUUGUUCCUCAAUGCAAUAGCGAAUCAGCUUCGCUAUCCCAACAGCCACACCCACUAUUUCAGCUGCACUCUCCUCUAUCUCUUCGCUGAGGCCAAUACCGAGGCGAUACAGGAACAAAUAACUAGAGUUUUACUGGAGCGUCUCAUCGUCAAUCGCCCUCAUCCUUGGGGAUUGCUCAUCACUUUCAUCGAACUUAUCAAAAAUCCAACAUACAAAUUCUGGACCCACGAGUUCGUUCACUGCGCUUCUGAAAUUGAAAAGCUGUUCGAGUCAGUAGCGCGUUCCUGUAUGGUUCAGAAGCAAGUGCAACCGACUCCCGAGCCCGAGAUACCCGAGUGAUAAGACGCUUCGUUUUCAUUUUUUUGAUAUUUUUUUUCAUUUUCAGUCCCUUCGAACUUCGAGGCCCAAAAAAAACUUUAGUGUACAGUAAAUUUGGUGAAUGAAACUAAAGCGCGUGUAAAAAGUUGUUGAUCCGCGGAUGGGUGUGUAUCAUAUAUGCCACAUGGACUUUAAAUACCUUUUUCCUCGCUCUUUCGUUGUUUUUUUUCUUUUCUAAAAAAAAAGUAUAAAAUAAUCGGAUAUUAUGUAAGUGAUAUAUAAAAAGUGUAAGGAUACUAAAAGUGAGUGAACACAUAAACACGAAAUAUGUUCUUUAUGUUGAUAUUUUAUUAAAGGAAAGCUCACUCGCGUAUGUAUAAAAAUAAAAAUUAAGGAUAAGGAAGUGCGAAAAAUGCAGUGAAUUAAUCAAGUUUCGGAGUAAUCAGUUAUUUUUUUCGAGUAUUUUGUGCUCUUCGACCUUCUCGUUUCCAUGUGAAUCGAGAUUUUUAUAUAUUGUACAAGUAUACUUGGUGAUAAAAAACGUAUUUAAUACGUAUUAGUAUCGAACUCUAUAGUAGACUCUAUAGUAGUAAGAGGAAUGAACAAAAGUGCUAAUGACCGAACACGAACGUCGACCAAUAUGUGCUCACAACAAGCGAAUGGUGUUCCUUAGAUGCGCUUGUGACAUCAAUAAUUAAGAACAUUGAUAAUUUUUUUUCUUUUAGUUCGGUUUUUUCAGUAUUUGAUGUACGUAUCGAUAAUAAUAAAAUGGCACAAAUUGAAA